GAGCCUCCUCUUGUGGCGGCGCGGCCAUCCCACGCAUUGAGAUCAAAGCCGUCGACGAAACGGCGCAAAGCACCACCACUCAGGACAAUACAAACCACAUCCCAGGCCGCUGGAGCAGCCAAAGAUGAUAACACUGGGCGGAUACAACCCUCCGGGGACUUGGCGGAUGCAAAGGAAGCAUCACCACCGAGGCCGUUGGCCAAGGUGAUACGCAAAGUGUCGGCUACAAGCCGACCAAUUGUGCCCUUGACCGAACAGAAAUCUAUCAACAGAACACUCUCAAUAGGAAAGCGAGAUGAAGAACAUGACCGGCGGGAUGUAGCACCGGACGGCGCUUCGGCUGGCCGCGAGGGGCGCCAAUUUACAGUUGCCAAUGUCGGGAACAAUGGCAAACUAUUUCUAAGGCCUUCUGUCCGACGUGGAAACAAGAGAUAUCCCCAACCCAACUUCACGUUUCCUAUCACGCCCCCUGGGACUGCCGGCUUAGAGGGUGCAUAUCCAGACAAUAGUGACGAGCCCUCCAACUUGACGGCGGACCAUCAUGAGAACCAAUUCACCCCUACGCCGAGAACAUCCAUUAUCCCUCCAGCUUACGCUCCCGAUCCCAGUGGCCUUACGUCGCAGCACCGCAGAGCUGUGUCGGAUGGCACGAUUCGCGAUUUCAACUCGCAGACUGGUACCGAUACAGACGGGUAUAGAAUUGUCAUCACAAAACCAACCCAUGGCGACGAUCAUCGGCCCAAGACGGCUGAGCAUAUGGACGACCUAGACGUUGAUGGUGUGCCGAUGCUCAAUAUCAACAUUCCCUCUUGGAAACUAGGGACACCACGGUUCUCUACCAGAGGCACCCCAAUGAUGAGAGGCUCUUCCUACGCUCCCACCGACGAAUUCCGUUCCAACAGCCGCGCAUCCAUGUAUCAUUCAUCAGAGAGAAGCCUUGGUGUACCAUUAAGUGGCUUAAGAUCCAGACGCCCUAGCCAUCUUGUUAUUCCAAAACUUCGCUUUCCUAGAACAUCGCACGCAUCAUCACAAGCAUCAACCCGCCCGCCGCGUGUCGUGCCCUCUACAUAUGCAUCUACACACCUUGUCAUUGAACCCGACAUGUUCGACGAACUCACCUUUAAGCCCACUUGCGAUGAUAGAUUGAUAGUACGCUACUCGCCCAGCGGAUCCGUAACUGCGGCGACGCCUUCCCGACUAGUUGCUGAGAUCACUUCUCCAAGCUUCUUGGACUACGAGCUAAUCUCGGAUUUCUUCUUGACUUUCAGAGCCUUUCUUGAGCCGGACAUCCUGCUUCGGAUGCUCAUGGCAAGGCUCCGGUGGGCUUUAGAACGAACCGAUGAGGUUGGCAUGAUUGUCCGCGUUCGUACUUUUGUUGCUAUGCGGCACUGGAUACUCAACUACUUUGUUGAUGACUUUGUCCUGGACUAUGAUCUUCGCGUCAUUUUCUGCAUCUUGCUCAACGAUUUCGUUGACGAAUUGACCCUGGAUGCGAGGGAGCGUAGAGUUCAGCUCAAGAUAUUAACAGAGCUCAAGAAAUGCUGGCGACGGAUCUGUGCCCAUUAUUGGGAUGGCCCCGAUUUCGACGAUUCUCUGGGACCUGAAGCCCCGGUUGCACCUGGGGGCAUCGCUGGAUAUCGAGAUCCCAAUCUAGACCCUACCUUUUGGGAAAGGGAAGGAGUAGAUCCACCGCAGUGGCAUGCCGUAUCUGGCAUACCCAAUGAUCUAAGUGAAGAGCCGAACCCAAGCGCUGAUGUCGUCCCUCCCACGACCCCCCAUCUCGGGGGUUUCACCGUAUCGGAAGAUCGCCCAGGAACUCCUGAACAUCAAAUAAUCACCACUACCGUGCUAGAUAACGGACCCGCUUCGCCCCUCAGCAUCGCAAGCAUGGACAUUGUAUCUUGUUCAUUUCCCACCAAGAACGUGAGAUCACUGAAUCCCAACUCUAGCCAGGCACUUGCAGCUCAUCCUGUCUACUCGACAUCUCCCAUCUUGCCACCGGGAGCAAUAGCAACAACUCCCAAGGCGCUUGCUGGCAAACGUGUUCGCCCGGCUCAGAGCCAUGGGCGCAGCAACAGCGUCACCGACUCUAUAAGAGCCCCCAGCUCAGAUCAUUCCUCAUCGCAAGACAUUGAUUUGCAGAUGAUACUGCAGUGCGCCGGAAAUCUUGUUCGGGGCAACAUUCUCCCACCAGGUCAGCCGUUUGUUGAUAUCGAGGCUGAUACCCCCACUGGCGACAACAGGCAGACCACCAUCUUCCAGCCCGUAUCCCGCAAUGCUACCAAAGACCGGAUCUUUGGAGUGGCCAUGUCUGGAUCCGGAAUGAGGAAAUUCUUGGGCGGCGUUCGACGCGCCUUGAACACUCGAGGGCAGUGGUCGUCCGGAUCACAUUCAAGUUUGCCUGCCGUCGCCUCAUUGAGUGCUCAUACUGUCAGCAUCGACCAACUACCUGGAUCAGCCGUUGUCACGCAAGGCGGCUACGCCCAGACCAGUAAUCGUCCCCAAGUGAGGAUUGACGUACUCGGAGCCGAGGUGGCUGAAGACUUCAAGAGAGCCAUCCGUGAAGAAGAAGAGGCUGCCGAAGCAGAACGCUUAGGUAUCCCGAGACCUGCUGCAACCCCUGCUUCAACUAGGCGCCGGCGGCCCAUGGAGUAUUCGGUUGCACAUAUGGAAUCAAGCACGGGCGAUUACUUGCGUCAGAAUCGAAGGUCACGACCUAUGAGCGACAUGGGCCUCACUACUGGGAGUCAAUCCAUCGUCAUUGUUGACGAUACAGUUCCUUUUGAUAUGACAGGCAUACAUGACAGACUUCCCGCCACCACUUUCAACCCCUCCACUGGUGGAUUAUCGGUGGGCUCAUUUCUAACAGCUGGCGGCGAUCCAACCCCCCCUACAACGCCCCCCGCGCAGCUCAUGGCAGGGACACCACGGAGAUCGUCGUAUCUUCUCGACCAACUCGUCGCCUCUCCUUCGGCUUCCCAGGAGGAGCCUUUGCCCCCGUUCGUCCCGGAGAUGGCGACCCUGGGUGGUACCUAUAGCCAAGGGCCAUCGGAUGAUGUGAGCCGGGUCUCUUUCUCAACAAUGCGUCGCAGUAGUCAGCGCCACCCUCCUCCAAGCCGAGGAACGCUGCGAGUACAUAGGAGAAAUCAGUCCACGAAUACACAGCAGUCAAUCUACUCUUUUAGGCGCCAUGCUUCGUUUAGCAGUCGUCUCGAGCGACAGUCUACAGCCCGGAGCUUUGAUGCUACGACAGACUCCUCCAUGUUGGAUAGAGAAUACGAACCCCCUGCUGUUGAGCCGCCUCGUAUACUUCGAAGGCGCCCUGGCGGCUAUUUAAGGGCCGCGGUCAAUGUGGGCGGCUUGAACAACCAGCCCACAGUUCGAAAAUCACAAUCCGUUGGCUCUUUGACAACUUACACCGAAUCGGUCCGGAGCUCGUAUCUCCUUGGCACUCAUGUCGAGCAGGACGAUGACGACGGCAGUUAUGCUGGUGUGGAAGACCAUCCUCGUGAGAGACAGGAGAUAUUUUCCGUUGGUCAGCUGACCGAGAAGCCUCCCAAACGACACUUGUCUUUGUUUAGUACACAUUCAUCCAAGCCCAUUAUGCGUCCAUCGUUUGAAAUAGAGGCCCGGAAGUUAGCACAGAUACCCGAUGAGGACGACGGCGGAAUUGAGUCAGCCUUGCUAAAGCUGGAGGGCAAAUAUCGGCCAAAACCGAAAUCCUUUGAGCAGCUCAAACAAGCAGCUAUGAUAGACGCAGACGAAUUUGGUCGAAGAGCAGUCAUGUCUGAUUCCUAUGCCAAUGCUGAUCAAAGCCAAGAGAGUGAAGCAAGUGGAAUGGAUGACGAAUAUCGCCUUCAGGACAAGGGAAAACAGCCACUGGAUACUGCAUAUGACCGGGAUACCUUGAUCGCCCCCAGCAGGAUAGCCACGGUUGAAACGGGCUCAUUCUUGACAGCUGACUCUGACGAGUCAUAUUGUUCCAUACCUUUGCUUGAAAGGGGUCUGACGGAUGAUGGUCAAAGUAACCGAGGAACAUCUCAGUGGACUAAUCGAUCGGUUCUUCGCGGUUCAUCUGAUGAGGACGAUGCUACUACUUCAGAUCUUGCUAUGGGAAGCCAUCAUGCCUCCCACCAAGCCUCCAACUCUCAUCUCUCUUAUGAUUUUGUCCAAAAGACGGAUAGUAUUGAGAGAACCAAGGCUCGGAAGACGGCUUCUCUCCCUGUGGCGGAAGAUCACACUUUCCUGGAAGAUGCUAGUGUCGGUGGCUCCGAUCUCUCCUCUGAGCUUUCCCCCUCUGAGGAUGAGGGCUCGAACAAAUCUCGCGAGAGGGCGGGUGUGUUUUCCAUAGCAUCACAGCCACACCCAUUCGGAGAUCCCCUUGCGUCGCCUCGGUCAAAUUCUUCCUCGGCCCCUAUGACACUCGCCCAAGCACUAGCGAUGAGUCCAGUGAUGAUGAGCCCAGUGAUGACGAAUACAGAGAGAACCCUGGAUCCAGAUCAAAUAUGGUCCCGCACACCUCUCCCCCUCUCACCUGAAAUAUUACACAACGCUCCAUACACAGCCGAACAUGUGCCUCCACGCACCUCUGAAGGCCUCCACUCAGUGCUCCAACCGGAAGCUCCCAAUACGCUCAAGUAUUCGAUUCACUUGCCAUUCAUUCUGGCAUUCGAAUCUGAUAUCUUAGCUCAGCAAUUCACCCUCAUAGAGAAGGAUGCCCUCAACGACAUUGACUGGAGAGAGCUCAUUGAGAUGAACUGGAGAAAUGCCACCAGCAACGAUUCCCGCUCAUGGGUUGACUUUUUGAGAAACACCAAUGCCCACGGAGUUGAAGUUGUUGUUGCACGAUUCAAUAUCAUGGUUAAGUGGGCCAUUUCUGAGAUUGUCCUAACUCAACACAUUGAAGAGCGAGCUCGAUGCAUCAUCAAACUCAUUCAUAUUGCUGCGCAUUGUCGGCGGUAUCGCAAUUUCGCCACCUUGGCGCAACUUACCAUUGCAUUAUCCAGCGCUGAAAUCGCCCGUCUGUCGAAAACAUGGGAUUUAGUUCCAGCUCGCGAUCUGAAUACCCUCGGCGAACUCGAGGCCCUUGUUACACCCUCGCGCAACUUCUAUAACCUUCGAGCUGAAAUGGAGGUUGGUUCAGACGGGGGCUGCAUUCCAUUCGUCGGCAUUUACACGCAUGACCUUCUCUUUAACGCGCAGCGAGCCUCGGAGAUUGCCAGCUCGCCAACCACUCCGCCACUGAUCAAUUUUGAACGGUGUCGUAUUGGGGCGGCCGUAGUCAAGACGCUGUUGAGACUGUUGGAGGCUAGCACGCGGUACACGUUCCAACCAGUCGAAGGCAUAACGGAACGAUGUCUCUGGAUGGGUGCAUUGAACGACGAUGAGAUUCGACGACAUUCAGAGGCUUUAGAGUAG